AUGGCCGCGGUUGCGAGCGGUUACAAGAUACAGCAGCGGGUGGGAAGCACGAUACGGGGGACGAUACGCAAAAAAGACGCGUCCGCUGCUGGGAACGUGCAUCGGCCGUGGAGGGCAGCUGAGACGCCUCUGGCUGACUGUCAAGCCUCGAGUGGCGUCGCGGCGGGUGGCGCGUGGCUCGUUAGCGUCGUCGACAGCCAGCUGGCCAUCCUUGUCCCCGUCGACGCCAUCCGCCCCGGCCCCGGCGAGAGCCCUGAGGGUGUUCGCCUCAUCCAUCGCGCGUUCUGCACUCCGCCCCACGCCGCCGCCUACCGCUCGCCACGAUGA